GACGGCGAAAAAGUUAGCGUCCAAAGUACAAAUAGUUCCGAGUGUAAAGACUCAAGUAACGCGUGAGGCGUACAUGUGAGGUGUCUUGUCCGAGUCUGUUUGGGGCUUCGUGUGGACGUCGUGUUUCCCCUCAGAGGAGCUGGACGGUACUUCCGUCAGAGCGACAACUAGCUUUUCUCAGAAGCAUGGCGGAGCCGCAGAGAAAAGGAGAGCUGCUGCCCGAAGAUGUUGGCACAGACGACUGCCUGACGUCAUACACACACAUCUACAGUCCAGACUUACUAAAAGAUCAGGUUGCUUUUAUUACAGGUGGUGGAUCUGGCAUUGGACUCCGGAUAGCUGAAAUCUUCAUGAGGCAUGGCUGCGACACAGUGAUUGCAAGCAGGAACUUGGACAAGCUCAAAGAGGCAGCUAAGAAGCUGUCUGCAGCAUCAGGACGCCGCUGCCUCCCUUUGUGUCUAGACGUGAGGCGGCCUGAGAGCAUCGCAGCUGCUGUGGACGAGACGCUGAAAGAAUUGGGACGCAUAGACAUCCUCAUUAACAAUGCUGCUGGAAAUUUCCUCUGCCCGGCUACCUCACUCUCCUUCAAUGCCUUCAAGACUGUAAUGGAGAUCGACACUAUGGGCACAUUCAACACCAGCAAGGUGGUUUAUGAGAAGUGGUUCCAGGCUCAUGGUGGCAACAUAGUAAACAUCUCUGCAACUCUUGGAUACAGGGGACAGGGCCUCCAGGUGCAUGCUGGCUCUGCUAAGGCUGCAAAUGAUGCCAUGACCAAGCACCUGGCUGUGGAGUGGGGGCCCAGUGGGGUGAGAGUGAAUACUGUGGCUCCAGGUCCUGUCUCUGGCACGGAGGGCUUCCGCAGACUCGGUGGUCCCACAGGGGAGGCUGUUGGUGCGUUCCAGUCCAUUCCUCUGCAGCGAGCCGGCAACAAGACAGAGAUGGCCCACUGCACUCUCUUCUUGGCCAGCCGAGCCUCCUCCUAUGUGACUGGAGCCAUCCUGGUGGCGGACGGCGGAUCGUGGCUGACCUCAGCCAACGACGUCUCCAUGCUGUUGGGUAUAGCCUCCUCUAAAUCUGCUAAACUCUGAACAGGGGUUCUUUUGUCCUCCUCCUGGCCCAGGUUAUUGGUCAUCUGAAAAGAAAAUAGACAAAUAAAUACUGAAACUAAGUAAAGUAAUUUAGGCCAUCUGAUUAUGCUACAUGUACAGUAUUUGUGGUUUAUCUCACCCACUGUUGCUUCCAGAGUGUAUUACUAAGUGGCAGGAGGAGUUAAACACUAACGUACUGUAUACUUACUGUAUUAUGUGUUUACAAUCUUAGCAAUGGAUCAAUUUACAGAAGAAUUUGGGGAUGUUUCACCUAUUACACUGCUGUGUAUUGUCACCAUGCAUUUCAUGUAUAAUGAUGUUAAUCUCAUACCAUUUAAUGUGAUUUCUCAGUACCUCUCAGUUAUUAAUAAAAUCGUGUAUA